AUAGUUUAGAGGGGAACCUGCCUGCCAAGGCUGGCAAAAAGGAGACCAGACAGGAGGCAGCUGUAGAGACGUCAUGAACUUCAACUUAUCUUAGCUUUGGUACUUUCUUCCCUGAAGACAGAGGGCAGAACUCUGAGUUCCAGAACCAUUUUCAACUGUAUUGGGGACCAGUCACUUGACUCUAUUCUUGUCUCUCUGACAGAUGACACUACACCCUCCUCUGAUUUUCCAGAGACUGGAGCUAAACUGGGCUUUCAACAUCAUCAUGAAGUUUAUCCUCCUCUGGGCUCUCUUGAAUCUGACUGUUGCUUUGGCCUUUAAUCCGGAUUACACAGUCAGCUCCACUCCCCCCUACUUGGUCUACUUGAAAUCUGACUACUUGCCCUGCGCUGGAGUCCUGAUCCACCCGCUUUGGGUGAUCACAGCUGCACACUGCAAUUUACCAAAGCUUCGGGUGAUAUUGGGGGUUACAAUCCCAGCAGACUCUAAUGAAAAGCAUCUGCAAGUGAUUGGCUAUGAGAAGAUGAUUCAUCAUCCACACUUCUCAAUCACUUCUAUUGAUCAUGACAUCAUGCUAAUCAAGCUGAAAACAGAGGCUGAACUCAAUGACUAUGUGAAACUAGCCAACCUGCCCUACCAAACUAUCUCUGAAAAUACCAUGUGCUCUGUCUCUACCUGGAGCUACAACGUGUGUGAUAUCUACAAGGAGCCCGAUUCACUGCAAACUGUGAACAUCUCUGUAAUCUCCAAGCCUCAGUGUCGCGAUGCCUAUAAAACCUACAACAUCAAGGAAAAUAUGCUGUGUGUGGGCAUCGUGCCAGGAAGGAGGCAGCCCUGCAAGGACACUCACCUGACUGGUUGCCAGGUAAUGUGUGGGUGGCCUCCCUACACUCUCUGGCCUCAUCUGCUUCUUCUGAUGGCACCACCAGCAACAUGGUGUGUGCUGGCUUUCUGGAAGGAGGCAACAAUUCCCGCUAGCGAACUCUCCUCUGCCUACCCACUUCAUUCCAUUAUUCAGAAAGACAGCAUAAUGAGUUAUAGAUAGUCCUGUAUUUAGAGUCAGAAUUUCUGUAUUUGGAGACCUGGCUCUACCACUACUAUUAACUAUAUGACUUCAAGUAAGUCAUUCAAGCUC